AUGCAAGAACUCCCGGAACAGAUCAGCGGCAACUCAUCGCAGUCCUCGGCAGCAUCCAGCAAAAAGCCCCCGUCUCUGCCAGCUUGGGCUCUCGCUGCCACAGAGAGCUCGAAGCACUUGUCUCAGCCGUGGAAGACUCACUACGGGGCGGAGCCCGACGAUCCAAACUUCGCAGCUGAGAGGGAUUUAGUUGCCCAUUAUGACAGGAAAACAAAAGUUUGCUAUAGCGAGGGUUCAAUGGCUGCAUGA